AGUUUAUUGUUAGUUAAGUUUAAUGCAGAAUAAAUAGAACACAGGAAAAUAGUACAUCAUAAUAAAAAGCUUCUAAGGUAACCUAGAUAGGAGUUAAAAACAUCCAACAAGAUGAAGCCAGUGACCACUCCGAUAAUGCCAAGAGAACAUCUGCUCACAAAGGGGGAAAACAAGUGUCUGAUCCAAGAAAGAGAAAGUAUGUAAAGGACACUUAACUAACAAUCUUCCAGCUCAACUAUGAAACGGUGCCAGUGCCCACCAGGGCCGGAAAGACGAACACCUCAAAUUUCAUGUCUUUCAAUCAAUUUGAAGGGAGACAAGGGGGUGGGGGGGAGACAAGGUCGGGUCCAAGUCAAGUGAUGCCAAGCUCAGGACAAUAGCUGGGCCCUGGGAGGGGCGCGCCAGUGUGCCAUGUGGCUUUUUUUUCGUGCGGGGUAAAGCCUUUCAUUCCGCAUUACCGAUUCCGGCUGGGCCUGUCCGGCCGGGAUAAACCGCUUUUGCAGGGCUGCGCCCGGCUCAGGCGGCUCUCGAGGCUGCGGUGAGUCAGUCGGAGGAAGAAAGGUGAAAAGCAGAGCCGCUUGGCUUGUCUGAGGCAGGCUCGCCCGCUUGCCUGCCUUCCCUCCCUGGCGGAGGCGGGGGCAGCCGUUUGUGUCCGACUCAGACCCCUCCCUCUCUGGCUCGCUCGCUCGGUGUUAGACUCUCCCGGGGACGCCCGGAAACGCGCCUGGGCCCAAAGGCCUCAAGCAAGCCGUCUUUUCCCUCAGCCCUCGCUCCUUGGUGCCCUUGCGGUUAAAUGUAGCCCCUCGAACCGGGCGGGGAGGUUUGCAGGAACAUGGCGGAUCUGUCGCUGCUCCAGGAGGACGUUCAGGAGGAGAUAGACGGAUUUGGUGUGGAUGACUACAUCUCAGAAUCUGAUGCGAUUAUUGUAUCUUCAGCCCUGGACUUUGUCUCACAAGAUGAAAUGUUGACACCUUUGGGAAGAUUGGACAAGUACGCUGCAAGCGAGAAUAUUUUUAAUAGGCAAAUGGUGGCUCGAAGUUUGUUGGAUACUUUGAAAGAAGUGAGUGAUGAUGAGAAAGAUUGUAUUGCUGUACUGGAAAGAGUCAGCAGGCUAGCAGAUGAUUCAGAGCCAACAGUAAGAGCUGAGUUAAUGGAACAGGUGCCUCAUAUUGCUAUGUUUUGUCAAGAAAACAGGCCGUCAAUCCCUUAUGCCUUUUCAAAAUAUUUAUUGCCCAUUGUGGUCAGGUAUCUAGCAGACCAGAAUAAUCAGGUGAGAAAAACAAGUCAAGCAGCAUUACUUGUUCUGUUGGAACAAGAACUUAUCGAACGAUAUGAUGUGGAGACCAAAGUAUGUCCAGUUCUUGUAGAACUGACUGCUCCAGAUAGCAAUGAUGAUGUGAAGACAGAGGCAGUGGCAAUAAUGUGCAAAAUGGCUUCCAUGGUUGGAAAGGACAUCACAGAGAGACUCAUUCUUCCUAGAUUUUGUGAAAUGUGCUGUGAUUGUAGAAUGUUUCAUGUACGGAAGGUAUGUGCAGCCAAUUUUGGAGAUAUUUGUAGUGUAGUUGGACAGCAAGCCACUGAAGAAAUGCUGUUACCUAGAUUUUUCCAGCUUUGUUCAGAUAAUGUGUGGGGUGUGCGGAAGGCUUGUGCCGAAUGCUUUAUGGCUGUUUCAUGUGCCACAUCACAGGAAGUCCGUCGAACAAAAUUGUCAACACUUUUUAUUAAUCUUAUCAGUGACCCUUCACGAUGGGUUCGCCAAGCUGCCUUUCAAUCUCUGGGGCCUUUUAUAUCAACAUUUGCAAAUCCAUCCAGCAGUGGUCAAUUUUUUAGAGAAGAAGAAUGUAAGAACACUGAAAGUCAGAAUUUUAUAGAAGAACACAGCAGUGAAAACAAUAAGGAUUCAGAAGAUGUAUCCACAUAUGAUGUACAGAGCCAGACAGAGUUGUCUUUAGACACUGAGGAAUGCAAUUUUGAAGCCACCCCUGAAAAUGACAAAGCAGAAAGUAACUUGGUUCAUUUCCAGGAUGAGGCAUUGCUACAUAGUACUUUGUCUUUGGAACCAUGCAAAGAACCUUCAGAUGAGAAUGAACCCAGUUUUGAUCAUUGUACGUUAGCAGUGCUACCAGAGCCUGCAUUGCAUUCACAGGAAAACUCACUUGUGGAGCAAGAACUGUAUAACUCAUUCCAUUUCUGGAGGACUCCACUUCCUAAGAUAGAUAUUGAUUUAGAGCUUCAGGAAAAUGCAGAAAAGGAUGAUUUAGCAAAUCAGAAAGGACAACAGGAGGUUAUGGCAUGUGCAUCUUCAAACAUAAUGGCUACAAGAAAGGAGUUGGAAGAAAUGAUAGAAAAUUUGGAGCCCCAUAUGGACGAUCCAGAUGUUAAAGCCCAAGUGGAGGUACUCUCUGCUGCUCUCCGAGCUUCCAGUCUAGAUCCUCAAGAGGAGCCCACAGCAAGCAUGGGCAAGUUAUCAAACUGUCAAAGCGAAGUAUGCAUCAAAGACCAACUAAACUGUACAUUAAUCCGGGAUGACACAGUGCCUUUAAUCAAUGAUGCUGUUGAGGACAUUGUAGAAUCCACUCUUCGUUAUAUUCACAAUGACUCAGACUUGAACACUAAUAGUUGUUUCAGCCCUGAAGAAGAAAAAAAAUCUAAAAUUCAGGAUGUUGUACCUCAAGCCUUGCUAGACCAGUAUUUAUCCAUGACUGAUCCCUCUCGAGCACAGACUGUUGAUACUGAGAUUGCCAAACACUGUGCUUAUAGCCUUCCAGGAGUGGCACUUACCCUAGGUAGACAGAACUGGCACUGUCUGAAAGACACCUAUGAGACUCUAGCUUCUGAUAUGCAGUGGAAAGUUCGAAGAACGUUAGCUUUCUCCAUACAUGAACUUGCAGUCAUUCUUGGAGAUCAGCUCACUGCCGGUGAUCUGGUUCCAGUCUUUAAUGGCUUCUUAAAAGAUCUCGAUGAAGUUAGGAUUGGUGUGCUUAAGCACCUACAUGAUUUUUUGAAGCUUCUUCAUCCUGAUAAAAGGCGGGAGUAUCUUUAUCAGCUUCAGGAAUUCUUGGUCACAGACAAUAGCAGGAACUGGCGUUUUCGAGCAGAGCUUGCUGAGCAGCUGAUUUUACUUCUUGAUCUGUAUAGUCCCAGAGACAUAUAUGAUUAUCUGCGACCUAUUGCCCUCAACCUUUGUGCAGACAAGGUUUCUUCUGUUCGAUGGAUUUCCUACAAGCUGGUUAGUGAAAUGGUAAAGAAGCUGUACAAUGCUCCAACACCAGCAUUUGUGAUUGAUCUUAUGAAUGAACUGAUUGAAAGAUUCUGCAGAUGUCCAAAGUGGUCUGGUCGACAAGCAUUUGUCUUUAUUUGCCAGACUAUUAUAGAAGAUGACUGCCUGCCAAUGGAUCACUUUGCUGAAUAUCUACUGCCCCAUUUGCUACACUUGGCCUCAGACAGAGUUCCAAACGUUAGAGUCCUGCUUGCAAAGACCUUAAGACAAACACUUCUAGAAAAAGAAUACUUUCUGAUGUGUGUUAAUUCCCAUCAAGAGGCUGUAGAACAGACAAUUGUGGCCCUCCAGAUGGAUAAUGACAAUGAUGUCAAGUAUUUUGCAAGCAUCCACCCGGCCAGUACCAAAAUUUCUGAUGAUGCUAUGAGCACAGCCUCUUCAACUUACUAAAAGUAGUUCCUGAAUGUUGGUAUAAUUUUAAUAAAAGAGAACAAACAUUACAAAAUUGUAGGCAAUCGUCAAGUGCCCCUAACAUGGAUUACUGAAACCUCUUUUCCACGGAGGAGAGAAUAUCUUGCCAGACUUAACUUCAGUUGGAUGUUAUCUAAAUCUGAGAUCAAGAAUUUUGGAGUCAAGGAAAAAAAACCAGUUAUGUGUUGAAUCUUGACUCUAGAAAAACUUUGCUCAGAGGGAUUGUAUUUGUCACCAGAGCCUUAAAUCUUCUGUCUUCCUGAAUAUGUGAAACUUGAAUUGUCUGAGCAUUUUCAGUGUAGAAAGGGAGUGAUUUCCAGAGACUGUCAUUUGUUUUCUGUCAAACAGUUACCUUAGCAAACUCUUUCUUUCUUAGGAACCAAUAGCUGGCGGAUUUAUACCGAGAAGCAAAGAAGCUGUCUCCAGUAUUAGCUAUUAAAGUUUUUAAUCUUUGAAAAGACUUAAAUUUGUGUGCAGUUGGGCACAUCCUUAAGUGUGAAUAGUUUUGAUGUGUGUAAAUGAGGGAAAAGUAGAAGUUUGGUGUUUUGUUUUUCUCAUCUUAAGGAUUCAGUGCCAACAUUAAACCACAAUCUGAUUUUAACCCUUAAAACACAGCAUAUUGCUGUGUCUGUGAGCAGAAAUCUAUGCUGAGUACCUGUGUCCUGAUAUUUUUUUUUUCAUGCUGGUCAUGACCUGAAGGAAAUCUAAUAGCACAUGUACUUCAAGUCAGGUAUUUUAAACUUGAUCAUGAUCGGUUCUGAGGUGCAACUUUUUCUUCAUAUACUGUACGUAUCUUGGACCACUCGUGGGAGUGCUGCAGUCUUUAAUCAUGCUAUUUCAAACUGUUGUGAUAAAAUGUUCUUUCCUUCUCAGAAUAAAAAAAAAUUAUUAA